GCUUUGGAGAGUCCUAUUAUAGUGACAAUGCUUCUCUACAAGAUCUAGACAAGCUGUGUGGGUGCAUCUGCCUGUAAGAGAAUCCUGGUCAUGCAGCUUGCCAUCAUGUGCCGCCUAGAGUGAUGUCAGUAAGCACAAGGCUGAUAUCUGUGAGCUGAUGUAUCAGAACUGAGUCGCUCCAAGUUCCUCCAAGCUGGUGAAUUUACAGCUGAGUAGCAGCUGACUGGGUGGGACAAUUUAUCUAGCUAAAUUGGGAGAAAAAGUUUAAAUCAAUUUUCACAACUGCACAUUUUCUACCUGGUUUCAGAUUACAAAACCAACAAUGGCGAGAAAUCCAGGUCACUUUAAGGCAACCCUUAAGAAGACUUCGUCCAGGAUUUGCAGCAUCUACACCACAAAGAGCAAGACUAGCCGUACAGGGAAGCUUCUUCUGAUCAUCUCCUGCCUCGUCACCAGCCUCAUUCUGGCCUUACUUCUCUUCCUUGCCUUGAUCUUCCCCUUCAAAUGUGGCUACACGGCGUCCAUGGCUGCUACUGGUGCUUUUUGGCUCUGCAUAACUAUAGCCAUGUGCAUCUCUCAGAGAGUUCGCUGCUUCGCAACACUCUUCCUGAUGUCCAUCGGUCUUAAGCAAGGCAAGAGCCUGCUUAUCAUGGCUGGAACUGUGGCGGGGCUCUUUCUGAACAUUAGGAACAUCCUAAGCAACCUCAAAGGACUUGCCAAGAGCAUGCUCUGCACGGUGGAGGCGAAAUUAGUGUCCAUCAAUCAACCGCCCCUCAGCAAUUACAUCAAAAUGCUCAAAUGGGUGGGUCAGCAACUCAAAAACUACCUACCGAGCGGUGGGUGGGGGACUUAUCUGGUAAACUUCUCAACUGAGACCAAAGUUGACUCCCAAAACUUCACAGACAAGAUGGCGGAGGCUGAAAGAGCUCUGAACCAGACCGCAGAGAGCGUCCUGGCCGUGAUCGACACCGUGUCCUCUGCAGGAAAGACAGUGUCUCCGGUCUUAGGCGUCGUCCUGUUGAUCAUCCUCACGGCCCUGUACCUGAAGAGUUUUCGCUCCGACCCAGAGCACAACAACACCUUCAUCACCAGGAGCUUCAUAAAGUACGAUGAAAACCAGCGUCUGCAGGGCAAGCCCUCAGUCUUCCCCCUCAACAAGAAGGAGUCCAAACGUUACAUUACUGUUCCCUCCGCCAGCUUCACCAGAAAGGAAGCGAUAGCCAUGCUGAAGUUCAGCAUCCCCAUCAUUACCCACAGCCUGGCCUGGGUCUUUUUCGUGGGAGUGGACGCUCUGCUGUACUGGAUCAUCAUGACUCUGAGGAAGCAUCUGGAGGAGCUAAAGCCGCUUCAUGUGCCCGUGGGGGUGAAUCUGAAGCAAGACAGGAUUAUUUUGGGUGUUGUCCAAAAUGAAGGCAGAAUAAACAGGAACUUCUCUUACGACGUGCACAUUUUUGAAAACAAGUGUCUGCCUGAACCAGAACUGUGGCUCUACAAGUCUCUGGUUCCUCUGUCUGUCAUUUUUGGUCUGCUGCUGCUUCUGGUCCUGGUUUCUUCAAAGAUGGAUCAGCUGAGGCUCCUGGUGUCGGAGCAGUUCUUCUCAGAUCAAGCUGAGGAGCGGAUCGCUGUGCUUCAUGCCAAGAUCCUGAACAGAAGAGCCAGGAGGAAGGUUCAGACUCCACAAGUAGCCCUGAAGAGCUUCACUACACAGCUGCAGUUUUGGUUUCCCAUUUUCUUCCGUCAUGAUCAAAGCCACCUAGAGAACAUGACAUGAGGUUUGUUUAAGGGUCCUGUUUAAGUUUUGCUUUUACAAGACAAAAUUGUUUAAUUAAGGUCUGUUUUACUACCUUCACUAAAACUGCCAUACAGUUAAAACAGGUAAAGUGAAGAGCAUUGACUAUCUGGUUACAAUGGAGACAUAAUAGUAUUAAAGUGUUGAAUUGAAGUAUUGGAAACAGUUACAAUCAGCAAAGAUUUGAAAAUACAAUCUUCACUGCACACCUAAAAGUCCGGACAAAAGUCUGGAUAAAAACUUGGUUCAUGUUCACACUGUAGUGUAGUGAGUGUCGCUCUCAUCUAUGUGGUCUGCGUCCACUUGUGUCACUUGAAUUUGGUUGGUUUGUAGAAGGUUGUGUGUUAGACAGUGGGGUGUUUUCAGUUCACUAAUGAUGUUUGUAGAAGCAGUAUGCCUGACUGUAGGUGCUUGGUUUUAUAUAUACCUGUGGUCAUGGAAGAGUGAUUGAAACUUGACUUUAAUGAUUUGGAUGGGUGAGUGAAUACUUUAGCAAUAUAGUGAAGAUGUGAAAGCAUACUGUGAUUUUAAACAUAUAUUGUGGUGUGUUCCCACUGCAUAUUGUUGCUGUCCAAUGAAAUAACUACAUUUUUGUCGAUUUUUAGAUUACUACAUAAUUUUAAAACACAAACUGUCCCUUACACUGUGACAAAUUUUUUUGAUGAACAGAUUAAUAGAAACUCUUCAAAAUGACUGUAAACACGUUUACAUGGACUUCCAUUAAAAGUUUAGAAGUUGUUUUCUCUCUCCUGUAAAGUUGAUGUUUUGAAGAUACUUGUUUUUCAUUGGACAACUACAGCAUGCAUUAAUCCAAACAAACCAAGUCUCCCUGAAGCUGCGGGAGUCUCCCGCAUUUCGGUAGUGGCUCCCUGAUGCCCGCGAGUCACAUUUAAUCUCCCGGAAUUCAGAACGAGUGCACAGGCGACAGACUUUUAUUCUCUAAUCGCGUGUGGGAAGGAGAGAGAGAAAACAGAGAGGGUUCUGAUUGGCCUGUUCUCUGCAAAGAGUCUGUGAGACAGCCAAUCAGUUUUUAGUGUGGGCGGGCAGUGUUUUCCCCCCUCCCGGACGGGAUUUGUUCAGCGAGUGAGAGAAAGCAGAUAAUGACGGAGGCAAUAUUAAUAAUUAUUGUAAUAUGAUAUGAAAUGUUUUUGAUGUUGUGCAAUUUUUUGUGAUAUUGUAACUGUCAAUUUUUGUCAAAUAAAGGCUUUUUUUCCAAAAAAAAAAAAAAAGGAAAACAGAGGCAGGGCCUUCCAAAAUAAAAAAAAAAGAUAAAACUCAUUUCAUCUCUGAAUACUCUAAAUUUAAUUAAACAAAAAGUCAAAUGAAUUAAUAUAAAAGUAAACUUUCGUUAUCCUUCGGUGUGUGUGCAGGGGGGG